CAUGUAGCCGUCCGUGCUCGACUGUUUAACCUAAUGCAAGAGAAACUGUCAACAAUAUAAUAAAACAAAUAUCAGACUCAGCGCUUUUUUAUUCUUCACUUCGGUCUGAUUAAAGAGAAGAGGCUGAGGCAGGCUAGAGGGGACGUUUCGGUUCGUUAAAGCCAUGCGCUCUCUCAGACUGAACAGUGGGCAUUUAUAAAGACUAACAGUUUGACUUUGUAAACUCAACAGGUGAUGAAGAGGAGCUUCGGUUGAAUAUACUCGGGACCGUGCACUGCAUCUGAAAUAGCGUUUAUCAGUUGGCUAUUUCAUGAUUGCCUACAGAUGUUGACUCAAUCCUUGUCUCUGGGACUUGCUGUGGACAUCUAGACACAGUGAAAGUUUGAUAGCAUUUUUUGGGACUCGAAAAGGCUCACGGAAAGGUUCAUUCAUAUACGCAGAAAUAAGUCCCCGGACCGUUGCCCACGCCGUUCCACUGAAAGCACAAUGGAUAAAACGUAUCCAUAGCCUCCUGUAGAACAACCCGACCACGACCUUCAUUUUAAUCUCUUGAUAUCCGUCUCCAGAGUCAGCAGUUCCAAACGGUAGCAAAACCUGUGGGCGAAGUUUCAAACGGACCGCCUUCUGGGACACCAAGUCUGCAACUUUGUUACUGUUCGUUCAGAGAUUUCUCCUCGCGUGGUGAAAGAAAGAUCAUCAGCUGUCUGGGAAGAUAUUCACCAAGCUUGACUUAACUUGAAACUUUCUGACUGGACCGGUGUCCCGGCGGUGACCGGCAGCAAGCAUGACCGAUAUAAACUACUCAACCUUGGACGAACCGUCUCUACGAAAUUUGCUGGAGGGGACGCUGGACCUGGAGGAGCGGCGGGUGAUCCGAUCGGCCAUCCGGGAGCUUCGCCGGCGGGAGAUCGAGGACAUGGAAGCAGCCCUCCGCAGCAAGCGCUUCAGACAUGGCCCCCAUCACCACGACGACAAGGAGAACCAGCACCGGUCAGAACUGGCAGAGUCAUUGAAUGUAUUGUCAGGAAAGCUUCAGUCCAUCCAUGACAUUGAGGAGCUCACAAGGAUGUUGAGAGGAGCCAUGAACUAUGAGGAGAGGAAACUGAUCAGAGCUGCAAUCCGUCGUGAAAGAGAGCAAGAGAUCCAGGGAGCUACAGCGAAGAUUUCGGGCCAUCCAGUGGAACGGAGACCUUCCCAGAGUUCUGAGCAGCUCCGGCCAAACUCAGAAAACGUGGAGAGAGAGAGCACAGAGGAGCAAGAGCCAAUCAAAGCACAGGUCCAGCAGCUCAACAGUCAGUCACUUCCACAGGACCAAGAACUGCACCCAACAGGGCCCACUUCAGAUAUGGUUCUAGUUCUGGACCCGCUGGUCAGGGAGAAGGUUUCUCCUCCCCCAGGGUCACGGCCUCCGCAGGACUCCCCGACCUCCGACCCCGAGGUCAUCCCCUCCUGCCCGCGCCAGCGCUGUGACUCCGGCCAAUCGGAUCGCUCCACCGGCAGCUUUGGGCGUCGCCCGGGUCGGGACUCCCCGUGCUCUGAGCGCAGCGGCCAGCGCGAGAGCGCGUCCCCCUCCAGCACUGACUCGGAGGUGGAGCCGGAGAAGGAGCCCCAGCCCACGCCGCAGCCCGUCACCGACGCACCGGACGGGGCCGCGCUCUCCACCAAGGCCCCAGGCUCCAGCGGCCUGCCCAACGGCCUCCGAGACCGCAGCACAGAGCAGGUGUGUGUGACCAGAGACGCCCCUCUUACCACUCUAACCAAUGGCAAGGAGACAGGCUCCAGUAGAGUGGCUGCUCCACUGGCUCGGCCCAACUCCAUCCGCGACCGCAUGCGCAAGUUCACCGAGCCCGCCCACACCGAAGCCCCUCCCCCAAGGCGGGGCCUGCAGCGUUCGGUCCGCCCACUCUCCGCCCACCUCGCUGAGAGAGCAGGGCGCCCAGAACCUCAGGCUCCAAAGGGCCCCUCCCCUGCAGCUCUCGGCCAAUCACAGAGGGCCGUGGGCGGGACGGGAAGGCCCGCCGGAGGGGUGGACGCGGGGGUCCGCUCGCAGGGAGGCAGCCCACAGCCGGAGAGCCCUGAGACGGGGAGAGCCGCGACCGCCAGUCCCGGGGAACCAGAGGCCCAGACGCAGCCGCCCGAGACACAGGACCCGGCCGACGACAUGAAGACCUUCCUGACCAUCGAGAUCAAAGAUGGACGCACCACAAUCAAUCAGCCGCAGACCCGGACCAUCACACACACCAGUGCUGUGCCACAGAGAACAGAGCUGACGCUGGGCCUGAGAGCCACUCCGUUUAAGAUCUCCACACAGAGCAUCUCCACUGGGCCCUCUUUCAAGUUGGAGUCGGAGCCAGCCAUGUUCGUGGUGGAGCCUUCCGUUCCCAACGGCUCCUCGUCCAAGUCCCUGACCUCGGAUCAGUCCCGGAGCUCGUCCACCGUUGCUCGGGCCCAGGAGCGCACCAUCCGCGUGGUCUCGGAUCAGUCCCAGGCCUCCCGCGCCUCCCCCACCCCCCACGCCCCAGCCAGAGCCCAGGAGCACGCCAUCACGGUGAUGGCAGACCAGUCGCGUGCCUCCCCCGCCCCGGCCAGGGUCCAGGAGCACGCCAUCACGGUGAUGGCGGACCAGUCCCAGUCCCACGCCUCCUCUACCUCCACUCUAGCCAAAGUCCAGUCGGAGACCAGGGGGCGGAUGACCGCAGAGCAGCUGGAGGCCAUUGAGGAUGAGUUGCUGCUGGAUAAAAUGCUUGAUGAAUCCAAAGACUUUGAGGAGCGCAAACUGAUCCGUGCUGCCAUGCGGGAUCUUCGGAAAAAGAAAAGAGAGGCCAAACUGGGAUGCAGUCAGGAGGAGAUCGACCUCCGUGAGAAGGAGCGGGAUCAGCGUCUGGAGGAGCUGAGGAAGCACAGAGAGGAGCGUGCUCAGAAGGGCAAGGCCGGAGAGAUGGUCACCAAGAAGGUGGAGAAGUCCGCCGACGGCUCGACGGUCAGCCAGGUCACCAAGACCAAUCGCUUCGCCCAGUCAGAUGACGGCAGCAGGUCAUCCCGUAGUAGCGUAAUGGAGUCCAGCUAUGUGCAGAAGACGGACAAGGGGACGCUCCAGAGUAAAUCCUACAGCUACUCAUCCUCAUCGUCCUCCAGCUCUGGGAAGAAGGUCGGCAGUGUGUUUGAUCGUGAGGAUGACUCCGCAACGGAGCGUCGUCAGAUGGAGAGGAGGAAGGAGCUGAUGAGGGCGCAGACGAUGCCCAAGAGCACAGCCAAUCAGGCGCGCAAGGCCAUGAUGGAGAAGCUGGACCCAGGAGGUGCGGGCAACCCUGCGGUGGCGCGGGUCAAUAAGGUGCAGCGCUCCACCAGCUUCGGUGUGCCCAACGCCAACUCCAUCAAGCAGAUGCUGCUGGACUGGUGUCGUGCCAAGACUCGCUCCUACGAGAAUGUGGUCAUCCAGAACUUCUCGACGAGCUGGUGUGACGGCAUGGCCUUCUGUGCGCUGGUGCACAACUUCUUCCCCCAGGCCUUCGACUACGACAGCCUGAGCCCCGCCAACCGCAGACAGAACUUCCAGCUGGCCUUCAGCACAGCCGAGGAAUAUGCUAACUGCAUGCCUCUCUUGGAGGUGGAGGACAUGAUCAUUAUGGGGAACAAGCCAGACUCCAAGUGUGUGUUCACUUAUGUACAGUCGCUUGUCAAUCAUCUGCGUCGCGUCGAGAUGCGUCAAGCACAAUCCGACAUGUGACCUGCCCACAGACACACACACACACACACACUUCCUUCAUACACAGAGUGACGCUGUUUUUGAAAGAAAAGAAACUAAGUUAUUUUAUUGUUUUAACCUCAAGAGAGCAGUUCCCUACCAACAGAGAUAUCAGGACUAAAAUUAAGAUUUGUUUUUAAUAAGCAAGCUAAACGAGCGAUGUGUGUACUGUAUGUAGCUGUAUCAGAGAAUAGCAGAGGGCUGUGUGUAUUGGAACUCUCUCUCGCUGAUGCUGGAUUUCAUGUUAUUUAGCAUCCACAAGCGUACAUGUGUUUAAAAGGAACAUGCAGACUUGUUCUGUUUCUAGUGUUCAUAUUAUUGGAUGGCGUUCAGAUUCAGAUGUUAUUAUUAGUUGUUGUUAUUCCAGGAUGUUAUUCCAGGAUGAUUUUUAUUUAAAUUGCUGCGGAACACAGGUGUGGAGCGCAGUUGGCCUCACUACGGACUUGACAUCACACCGCUGAGACCUGACGUCUCAGCCACUGAGAGAGGUAUUCUGAGAGAGAACUCCAGAUAUCUAGGUUGAAGUGUGGGGUCUUCAGCACACACACACACACACACCCUUGCACAAGCAUGACACACUCACUCACACUCGAGUGUCUAUUUAUGGUUGGAUUGUUUUGUUGUGUGGGUGUACAGAUUCACGUUGACACAUUUCACAUACUCUUUGUCAUCCAAAAAAAUGGCAGACUACUGCCACAGUCCAAAGCUAGAGGAAUCCCUUAAGUGUGUUUUUAUUUUUGUAUCUCGCUCACCGAGAACUGUGGGGAGCAGUGGGCAAUAGCUAUGGGCCAGCUUUUUGGAUUCUAUAGGGAGUAUUAAAAAAAUGAGCUCUGUUUGUUUUGUAUAGAGUUUUGUAAGAGAUUAGCAUCCCAAGGCUAGCUGCAGUGAAGCUGGUUCUGAAUCACUACUGUGUGCUGAGUCCACCGUCUGUCCCUCACUGUUAGUAGAUUCUGUACAUACUCGCAAAGAUUGCUUAGCGCUAGCGCAUGUCCCUCUGUGAAACACGCCAUUUAACCAUUAAAACAUACUUUAAGGAACUAAA